GGUGAUUUCAACCAAAUGCAGGCUCGGAUCCAAUUGGUAGGCACCCAGUUUGGUUCUGCGCCCCCGAAUAUUCCGUUGCCGUCGACUAUGUAUCUCGUCAAUGAUGGCUUCUUGUGUUCUGAUCCUUCAACUCCAGCAAACAACGAGACACAUGUGUGUUGUGAAAAAGACCCGAAUGCAACCCCGAGCACAACGGUAGAAGAACCAUUCGAGGUCCGACAAGAGGGCGAUGUCAUCAUAAUGUACGACGUAAUCAGUUCACAAGAAACAGAAUACAUGGCACAAGUGACCGUCUCGAAUCACAAUCCCCUCAGCCGUCUUGAUUAUUGGCAGCUGAGUUGGGAUUGGAUGCGAGAUGAAUUCAUCUACGCAAUGAAAGGCGCAUAUCCGUCUCUUAUAGAUACAAAUGCUUGUAUAUUUGGUCGGCAAGGGGAGUUCUACAAAGAACUCGACUUUUCAAAAGCUUUGAACUGCGAGCGACGACCGACCAUUGUCGACCUACCGGUUGAUAAGACGAACGAUACGCAGUUAGGAUUGGUUCCUUUCUGUUGUCGUAACGGGACUCUCUUACCACCUUCGAUGGACCCGAGCAAGUCCCGUUCGGCUUUCAUGAUGCAGGUUUUCAAGAUGCCACCGGAUCUAAACCGGACUCAGCUCACCCCGCCUCAAAACUGGAGGAUCAAUGGCACAAUGAACCCUGACUACCAAUGUGGGCAGCCGGUUCGUGUUAGCCCAACUCUUUUCCCGAACCCAAGUGGGCUCACCUCCGACUCAACCGCGGUUGCUAGUUGGCAAGUGGUUUGCAAUAUAACACGGUCCAUACCCGAUACGCCCAAAUGUUGUGUCUCAUUUUCGGCAUUUUUUAACGAGUCUGUAGUUCCCUGCACCACUUGUGCCUGCGGGUGUGACACUGAGGAUACGUGCAGUAUGACUACGCCGGCCCUUCUUCUCCCGACGGAUGCACUUCUAGUGCCAUUUGAGAAUCGAACCGAUAAGGCGGCUAAAUUUGCGAAGGACAAUGAUCGGACGUUACCUGCUCUGAUGCCAUGCCCGGAUAACUGUGGUGUCAGCAUUAACUGGCACUUACUAUCCGAUUUCAAAGACGGAUGGACGGCAAGAAUGACCAUUUUCAACUGGGGCGAAACUAGUUUUGCCGAUUGGUUCGCCGUCAUGGAGUUAGGCAAAUCAAUGGGGGGAUUUGAAGACGUGUACUCGUUCAACGGUAGUCGGCUUUUGGGUUCUAGUAACACAAUUUUCGUACAAGGUCUCCCGGGUUUGAAUUAUAUUGUUGCUGAGAAAGACGGGAAGAAUCCAAAGAAGGAUCCACGGCUUCCGGGUACACAGCAAUCGGUCAUAUCUUUCACAAAGAAGAACAUACCGGGGCUCAAUGUGGCUCGAGGAGAUGGGUUUCCGAACAAGAUCUAUUUCAAUGGUGAAGAAUGCUCGGUUCCUUCGGUUCUUCCGAUCACUAACCAUGGUCCGCGAAUGGCAGUCACCUUCGGCUCGGGUCUAGUUACCCUCAUCCUGUUGUUUCUAGGAUAUCUGCUCUAA